CACGAAGAGGCUCGUCCGUGUUACCACAGAACCACAUUAAGUGUAGCGAUGUCUCGAACAAUUGUGUGUUUGCUGAGAAACGACCUGAGGCUCCACGACAACGAGCUUUUCCACUGGGCUCAAAAAAAUGCCGAGAACAUUGUCCCGCUCUACUGCUUCGACCCCAGACACUAUGUGGGAACACACAACUACAACCUGCCCAAGACCGGGCCUUUCCGCCUGCGCUUUUUACUUGAAAGCAUCAAAGACCUGAGAAACACGCUGCUCAACAAGGGCAGCAACCUGGUAGUGAGACGGGGUAAACCAGAGGAUGUGGUUGCUGAGCUCAUCAAGCAGCUGGGCUCUGUCAGCACUGUGGCUUUCCACGAAGAGGUAACUUCAGAAGAGCUGAAUGUGGAGAAGAAGGUGAAGGACGCCUGUGCACAGAUGAAGGUCACAGUUCACACCUGCUGGGGGUCCACACUGCACCACAGAGAGGAUCUUCCUUUUCACCAAAUGUCAAGGCUGCCUGAUGUGUACACCGAGUUCAGGAAGGCAGUGGAGGCUCGGAGCAGAGUGAGGCCUCUGUUUCCAGCCCCGGAGCAGCUGAAGCCUCUUCCUCCAGGGCUGGAUGAAGGAGCCAUACCCACAGCAGAGGACCUGCAGCAGACAGAGCCUCUGACUGAUCCUCGCUCGGCCUUCCCCUGUAGUGGUGGUGAGACUCAGGCUCUGGCCAGACUUAAACACUAUUUCUGGGACACUGAUGCAGUUGCAGCUUAUAAGGAGACUCGUAACGGCUUGAUCGGUGUGGACUACUCCACUAAAUUUGCUCCUUGGCUGGCGAUAGGUUGCCUUUCACCCAGGUAUAUUUAUCAUCAGAUCAAGCAGUAUGAGAGGGAGCGGACAGCCAAUCAGAGCACAUACUGGGUGAUUUUUGAGCUUCUGUGGAGGGAUUACUUCAAGUUUGUGGGCGUCAAGUACGGAAACCGACUGUUUCAGCUCAAAGGACUCCAAGACAAAUCUGUGCCGUGGAAAAAAGACAUGAAGCUUUUCAAUGCGUGGAAAGAGGGACACACAGGAGUUCCCUUCGUGGAUGCCAACAUGAGAGAGUUGGCCAUGACAGGUUUCAUGUCCAACAGGGGGCGACAAAAUGUUGCCAGCUUCCUCACAAAGGAUCUGGGCCUGGACUGGAGGAUGGGAGCCGAGUGGUUUGAAUAUCUUCUGAUUGACCAUGAUGCCUGCAGUAACUAUGGCAACUGGCUGUACAGCGCUGGUAUUGGAAAUGACCCCAGAGAGAACAGGAAGUUCAACAUGAUCAAACAAGGCCUCGACUAUGACAAUAAUGGCGACUACGUCCGCCAGUGGGUUCCGGAGCUGCAGGGGCUCAGGGGGUCUGACGUGCACGCGCCCUGGACCCUCAGCGCCGCAGCACUGUCACAUGCUCACGUGACCCUCGAUGACACCUACCCCACUCCCAUCGUCAUGGCGCCUGAAUGGAGCAGACACGUUAACAAGAAAUCGGGUGCCACAGGCCCUUCACCGAGAGGAAAGAAAGGCCCGUCUCACACCCCCAAACAGCAUCAGGACAGGGGCAUAGAUUUCUAUUUCUCCCGAAGCAAGAACCUGUGAUGAGCCACAAAGUAACACAAAGUAAACACUACCGAAUACGUGGAUG